AGUUGUUCGGCGGGAGUUUCGUAAGUAGCGGAGGCAGCGGGGAACCCCGAACCGGACUGACGCGGGAGAGGACCUUCUGCGGCGACGCCGAGUUUGCAGAGGAUGACGUCAGUGACCAGAUCAGAAGACCAGGAACCCACGAUGUCCGAGACUCAGGAUCGUCCAUUGCAGCCAAGUCUCAAGCCUUUGGAAGCAUUGCCUCAAUCCUCUGCCUACCAGGAAAUGAUGACGCAAGGCGUUUCAGAGGAAAAAAACCACCUUGGCUCGAACCCUGGAGAGGGGGAAAGUUGUGGUGCCGACCACCAGGAGGGAUCUCAGUUGAGGUCCUUUCAUUUGUCCCCUCAAGAACAGUCUAUCCGUCCUCAAGACAGAAGGCAGUCCUGGAGACGAGCAAGCAUGAAAGAAGUAAACCGGCGGAAGUCAUUGGCUCCCUUCCACCCAGGCAUCACAGAGCUCUGCAGGUCCAUCAGUGUGAAGUUAGCCCAGAGCCAACGGCUGGGCGCCCUCCUGCUCUCCAGCUUCCAGUUCUCUGUUGAAAAACUUGAACCUUUCUUAAAGAACACUAAGGACUUCAGCCUUGAAUGUUUUAGAGCGAAAGCAUCUUCUCUCUCUGAAGAAUUGAAACAUUUUACAGACAGGCUGGGAAAUGAUGGAACACUGCAAAAAUGUUUUGUUGAAGAUUCAAAAGAAAAAGCAGCAGAUUUUUCACUGGAAGCAUCAGUAGCUGAGGUGAAAGAAUAUAUAACAAAGUUUUCUUUAGAGCGUCAGGCCUGGGAUCGGCUCUUACUGCAGUACCAGAACGAGGUUCCACCUGAAGAGAUGCCCAGAGGAUCAACUGAAACCAGAAUCACUGAAGUCAAGGUGGAUCCUGCAGCCUACCUCAGGUCUUCCCAGAAGGAAGUUCUUAGCACGAAGCCAGACUACCAGAGAAUAGUACAAGAUCAGAACCAAGUCUUUGCCUACGUGGAGUUAGUGAUGGAUGAGCUCCAAGGAUCAGUGAAGCAGCUGCAAGCCCUCAUGGAUGAGAGUACUCAGUACCUCCAGAAGGUGUCAGUACAGCUCAAGAAGAGAAGUAUGGACCAAUUAGACUCUUCACCUGCUCGGAAACUGCUCAAGCUCCCCCUCCAGAGCUCACCUUCCACGCAGUGAUGAGGAUCCUGUCAGGGACCCUACCUCACAGCAGUCAGCUGGAAUGUCCCAGCUCUACAGCACUUCACUGUUGCCGAGUGACAGCAUGUAUGUAUCCAGAAGAGUGUGUUAAGGACACUUUUUGUCGGGAUGUGCACGAUGCUCAAAAUGGCCUUCAGAACCAGUCGUCCGUUGCUCCUAACAUCCUCAUGGUCAGCGCUUUUCAUCCCAUAAAAUAAUCCAGAGACAUCUAAAACCAACCUCAAGGAAAUGUUUUAGAGGCCAAGGUGGGUUGUUGCCAUAAAAGACUGACGCUAAAGUUUGUGAGUGUGGGACUGAAGGUGGAUUAUAGGAUGUUGUCACAUAACGGGUAUGUGUGGACACUUUACAGCAUGCCCAUUUUCUGAAGUGUCCUAAUCUCUGUAGAGUGCUUUAGUUUUUAAUAUUGAAUUGACUUCCUGGAAUCUAAAUUCAUGACAAGAAAAGGCUGUGCCAAUUUAAUUUUUUCCUUUGGGAAUUACCCCUGCCUCCCUAAGAAUUGACCCCAGAGCUUUGUGGGUGCUAGGGAAGCACCCUCAAGAAGCUGCACCUUUAGUCCCCAUAUUUUGGGGUUUUUAAUAUUUUUUUUAAGUUCUGUUAGUGAAUGGCGUGUUAUUUAAAAACCGUGUGUUGUCAUUUCCUGGGGCUGAGAUAGAGUUAUUUAACCUCUUAUCUCGAACAUUAGAUGGAUGUUAGAAUCUAUGUCGUAAGGACACUGUGAGGAUUUGUUUAAAGAGUAAAAGCCUAGAACAAUGUUAUAGUUUGUUGUUGAAGACUUAAUAAAAUGAGUAUACUGUAGUUAAUGAGGUGGGAAAGCUACUAUCUCAUAUGGAAUACCACAUGGAGAACUCAAGCAGAUACAUAAAGUCUGGAUUAGAAAUAAACUUACAAGUUUUGCCUAGUUGUUGAAGUGUACACUAUGUGACAGUGUGUCUCUGCCCUUCCUUGCCUUCCUAAAAAGCACCUUGUGACUGGUUAAGAUAAAAAGCCUGUAGCCUGUAGCAGAAGGCUGGAUACUAACGUAGUACAUCCAGAAAGAGGAACUCUGGGAAGGAGUCAGGUACAGGAGAGUUGCCACCCAAAGUGUCAACCUCACCCAAACUGAGGAGAGGUGAC